AGAGCGCUGAGCACCGGAGUGAGCAGAAAACCAAAAAAUCGGUCUCAGCGCGCUACACAGCAGGAUUUGGAGCUCGGUGGAAAUAUCUCUUUUCCCGCAGCAAUGAGUUCAGUUCAGGCUUUGAGAGAGUUUAUCAGCCAGAGACUAACUGCUGCUGCUGGAGAAAUCUUCACCGCGUUUGAAGCAACUAUCGUCCACUACGAGGAGGAGAUGGCUCGUCAGCGCGAGCUGCUUCAGAUCAGCUGCCAGCAUGAAAUCCAGAUGCACAGAACAGAGGAGGAUCCUGUUGAGAUGACUGUUCCUGGUGGUGAAAGUGAGAAUUCCCUGGACUCAAUGAGAGACUUGACCACCCAGCGACUCAAUGCUGCUGCCGGAGAAAUAUUCACAGAGUUUGAACGAACUAUCCUCCAUUGCAAGGAGGAGAGGGACCGUCAGCGCAGACUGCUAGAAAUCAUCAGUAAUCCUCAAAUCAAGUUACACAGAACAGAACUUCCACAGCAACGUGACUGUAGGAAGGAGCUGCUCCUUAAACAGGAACCAAACUACUGUCUGGAGCAGAGAGAACCAGAACCUCCACAGAUCAUAGAGGAACUAGAAGAACCAGAGCUUCCACUGAUCAUAGAAGAACCAGAAGCACCAGAACCUCCACAGAUCAAAGAGGAGCAAGAAGAACCAGAACCUUCACAGAUCAAAGAGGAGCAAGAAGAACCAGAACUUCUACAGUUUAAAGAGGAUCCUGAAGAACCAGAACUUCUACAGUUUAAAGAGGAUCCAGAAGAACCAGAACGUCCACAGAUCAAAGAGGAACUAGAAGAACCAGAGCUUCCACUGAUCAUAGAACAACCAGAAGCACUAGGACCUCAACAGAUCAAAGAGGAGCAAGAAGAACCAGAACCUUCACAGAUCAAAGAGGAGCAAGAAGAACCAGAACCUCCACAGAUCAAAGAGCAACCAGAAGAACUAGAACCUCCACAGAUCAAAGAGCAACCAGAAGAACCAGAACCUCCACAGAUCAUAGAGGAACCAAAAGAACCAGAACUUCUACAGUUUAAAGAGGAUCAAGAAGAACCAGAACUUCCACAGUUUAUAGGGGAACAAGAAGAACCAGAACUUCCACAGUUUAAAAAGCGCCAGGAGGAACCAGAACCUUCACCAAUUGAUGAGCACAAGGAACUCCGUACCAACCAGGAGGGAGAGGAAACAUGUAGUACAAUUAUUCAUAAAAAACGUAAAUUAUGUCCCAACUUAAUAAGUGUCACUGAGAAGAACGUGAUUUGUGAAAUCUGUGGUACAAGUUGCAGCCAACAGAGCAAACUGUUGGUCCACAUGAAAAUUCACACAGAUAAGAAGCCGCAUUCUUGUGAAACAUGUGGGAGACUUUUCAGUAGGCGGAGUCAUUUGUUGCGCCACAUGAGAGUUCACACUGGUGAGAAGCUAUAUUGCUGUGAAAUUUGUGGAAAACGUCUCAGUGAUUAUUCUUGUAUGAGAGGUCACAUGAGAACUCACACAGGUGAGAAGCCAUAUUCAUGUGAGACAUGUGGGAAAAGUUUCAGUUUGAAAAAGAAUUUGCUGGUUCACAUGAGAACUCACACUGGUGAGAAGCCGUAUUCUUGUGAAACAUGUGGGAAAAGUUUCAGUAUUUAUUCGAGUUGGAGAAGUCACAUGAGAACUCACACAGGUGAGAAGCCAUAUCCAUGUGAGACAUGUGGAAAAUGUUUCAGUAUUUAUUCUGGUUUGAGAGGUCACAUGAGAACUCACACAGGUGAGAAGCCAUAUUCAUGUGAAACAUGUGGGAAAAGUUUCAGUGAAAAAAAGACUUUACUGAUUCACAUGAGAACUCACACAGGUGAGAAGCCUUACUCUUGUGAAACAUGUGAGAAAAGUUUCAGUUCAAAAAGAACUUUGCAGGUUCACAUGAGAACUCACACAGGUGAGAAGCCGCAUUCUUGUGAAACAUGUGGCGAAAGUUUCAACCAACGGAGUGCCUUGUUGGUCCACAUGAGAACUCACAAUGGUGAGAAGCUGCAUUCUUGUGAAACAUGUGGCAAAAGUUUCAGCCGACAGAAUAAGUUGUUGGUCCACAUGAGAACUCACACAGGUGAGAAGCCGCAUUCCUGUGAAACAUGUGGGAGAAGUUUCAGUAAACAGAGUCUUUUCUUGAUCCACGUGAGAACUCACACAGGUGAGAAGCCUUAUUCUUGUGAAACAUGUGAGAAAAGUUUCAGUUCAAAAAGAACUUUGCAGGUUCACAUGAGAAAUCACACUGGUGAGAAUCUGCAUUCUUGCGAAACAUGUGAGAAAAGUUUCAGUUUAAAAAGCACUUUGCUGGUGCACAUGCGAAGUCAUACUGGUGAGAAGCCGUAUUCUUGUGAAACGUGUGACAAACGUUUCAUUGUAAAAAGCGCUUUGCUGGUUCACAUGAGAACUCACACAGGUGAGAAGCCGUAUUCUUGUGAAACAUGUGAGAAAAGUUUCAGUUCAAAAAGCGCUUUGAUGGUUCACGUGACAAUUCACACAGGUGAGAAGCUGUAUUCUUGUGAAACAUGUGGGAAAAGUUUCAGUUCAAAAAGAACUUUGCAUGUUCACAUGAGAACUCACACAAGUGAGAAGCCGUAUUCUUGUGAAACAUGUGAGAAAAGUUUCAUUGUAAAAAGCGCUUUGCUGGUUCACAUGAGAACUCACACAGGUGAGAAGCCGUAUUCUUGUGAAACAUGUGAGAAAAGUUUCAGUUCAAAAAGCACUUUGAUGGUUCACGUGAGAAUUCACACAGGUGAGAAGCCAUAUUCUUGUGAAACAUGUGGCAAUAAUUUCAGCCAGCGGAGUCAGUUGUUGGACCACAUGAGAUCGCACACAGGUGAGAAGCCUUUUUCUUGUGAAACAUGUGAGAAAAGCUUCAGUAAAAAAAGGACUUUAUUGGCUCACAUGGGAACUCACACAGGUGAGAAGCUGUAUUCUUGUGAAACAUGUGAGAAAAGUUUAAGUUCAAAAUGGGCUUUGCAGGUUCACAUGAGAACUCACACAGGUGAGAAGCCGUAUUCUUGUGAAACAUGUGAGAAAAGUUUCAGUGAAAAACAUUCUUUGCUGAGUCACAUGAGAACUCACACAGGUGAGAAGCCGUAUUCUUGUAAAACAUGUGGUAAAGAUUUCAGGCAACAGGGUAAGUUGUCAGUCCACAUGAGAAGUCACACAGGUGAGAAGCCGUAUUCUUGUGACACAUGUGAGGAAAGUUUCAGUUUAAAAAAUACUUUGUUGGCUCACAUGACAACUCACACAGGUAAGAAGCCAUAUUCUUGUGAAACAUGUGAGAAAAGUUUCAGUUCAAAAUGGGUUCUGCAGCUUCACAUGAGAACUCACACAGGUGAGAAGCCGUAUUCUUGUGAAACAUGUGAGAAAAGUUUCAGUGAAAAAAAGACUUUGCUGUAUCACAUGAGAACUCACACAGGUGAGAAGCCAUAUUCAUGUGAGACAUGUGGGAAAAGUUUCAGUGUACGUCAGACUUUGAGAGUACACAUGAGAACUCACACAGGUGAGAAGCCGUAUUCUUGUGAAACAUGUGGCAAAAGUUUCAACCAACGGGGUAACUUGUUGGUCCACAUGAGAACUCACACAGGUGAGAAGCCGUAUUCUUGUGAAACAUGUGGCAAAUGUUUCAACCAACGGAGUACCUUGUUGGUCCACACCAAAGUUCACAAAUAGAUGAAGCCAUGAAACACUCGACAGGAGAUCUCAUUCAGAAAGUGCAGCAUUUUCACCAAGAAAACCCACCAGUGCUUUGGUUCAGACCCUCACCUGAGCAUUUCAGCUGACUUCUUAGCACCCGUUCUCAACAUCAAUAUCAUCGACUUUCUCUUUAUGGCAGCUGAUUCUACACUUCUCACCAUCCUCUUUUGAGUCCAGCUGUCACAACAACCCUCUCUAAUUGACUAUCUUCCAUUGGCAUCACCCACACUCGAUCAGACGGGUUCUCUUCCUGCCUCUCUCCCUGUGCUCACUUCAUUUAGCUCAAAUCCUUCCAAUGCGUCCCUUUCCCAAUUUCCUCUUAGCAGUACCUUUAUAUGUAUGCAUGAAUAUAAUAAUAAUAAGAUCCAUCCUGUUUUCGUCAGUAGUUUUAUUUGUUUGCUCAAAGUGUUGUCUCAUCUGUAAUCAUGCCCAUGUUGGUCCACUGGUUGAAUCUGGUGCCAAAUGAAGCUCUCUGAGGCAUUGAGGCCUGUACAGAAAAGGGUUCAACACACUAAUCUUUGGUGGCAUCUGGUGGCCAAAAGUCAGAAGAACACAUAGAAUGAUCUACUCCAUCAUGGUUUCCCUCAAGGGUUGAGUUGACAGCUUCUGUUUAAAGCUUAACUAUGCAACUGUUGCUCUCGCGCUCCCCCUACUGGUCUCCUGUGAAAGCUCACUGUCGUAAACGUUCUCCGCAUCCGUCCAUCACCAACCCUCCUCCACCCCCACCCCCACU